GCUUCCGGCCCCGAGCCGCCGUCCAAGAUGGCGCCGCUGGACCUGGACAAGUACGUGGAGAUCGCGCGGCUCUGCAAGUACUUGCCCGAGAACGACCUCAAGCGCCUCUGCGACUACGUGUGCGACCUGCUGCUGGAGGAGUCCAACGUGCAGCCCGUGUCCACGCCCGUCACGGUCUGCGGGGACAUCCACGGGCAGUUCUAUGACCUGUGCGAGCUGUUCCGGACUGGCGGCCAGGUCCCCGACACCAACUACAUCUUCAUGGGGGACUUUGUAGACAGAGGUUAUUACAGUCUCGAGACUUUCACUUACCUGCUGGCACUGAAAGCGAAGUGGCCGGACCGCAUCACGCUGCUGCGAGGCAACCACGAGAGCAGGCAGAUAACACAGGUGUACGGCUUUUACGACGAGUGCCAAACCAAAUACGGGAACGCUAACGCCUGGAGAUACUGCACCAAAGUGUUCGACAUGCUCACCAUAGCAGCCCUCAUAGACGAGCAGAUCCUGUGUGUGCACGGCGGCCUCUCCCCUGACAUCAAGACGCUGGAUCAGAUCCGAACCAUCGAGCGCAACCAGGAGAUUCCCCACAAAGGCGCCUUCUGUGACCUGGUGUGGUCUGACCCCGAGGACGUGGACACGUGGGCCAUCAGCCCACGGGGCGCGGGCUGGCUCUUCGGGGCCAAGGUGACCAACGAGUUCGUUCACAUCAACAACCUGAAGCUGAUCUGCAGGGCACACCAGCUGGUGCACGAGGGCUACAAGUUCAUGUUUGACGAGAAGCUGGUGACGGUGUGGUCAGCUCCCAACUACUGCUACCGCUGCGGGAACAUCGCGUCCAUCAUGGUGUUCAAGGACGUGAACACGCGGGAGCCGAAGCUGUUCCGGGCCGUGCCCGACUCAGAGCGCGUCAUCCCGCCCCGCACCACCACGCCGUACUUCCUCUGAGCCCCAGCCUGCCCUCGCCCUGUACAAUACACUUUUUACCGAGCACUUUGCUGCUGAAACGCUGCCUCUUGCCUUUCUCAGUGUUUAAGUUAUGUCUGUACGUGUGCCGGUGCCUGCGCUGGGCCCCGUGCCGCCGCGGCUCGGCUGCCGCGUUCCCUUCUCCCCGCCACACGCAGCAGCCCCGGGCCCGGCCCCCAUUCAGCUUUUCCGUUUGUGUGUUUUUGUUAAGUUUUAACCAAUUUCAGCAGCAAAGUCCCGCCCGCGCGGCGCUGGGGCCGUGCCCGUGCCUGUGCCUGCGGCGCCGGGGCAGAAGGGCUGUUCCCCUCCCGCUUCGGGUCCCGUUCCUCGGUCAAACCCCCCCGGCCCGAGACGCGGAAUUUGUACAUUAAAGGAAUUGUUCUGAUUUUCCAGA